ACGGGCGGGUGGCAGCAGGGGUGACAGCGAGGUGGGGCAGAGGAGGGGACGGUGCCAUGCCCGGGGAGGUGACAGCGGGACCAGGCAGGGCAGAGGUGUCCAUGGCCAGGGAUGGCUGGGACAGGGGGACAGCCCAGUCCCCACCUCGGCACGGUGAGGUCUCCUUGUUGUGUGCUUCCUCGUCUGUAUUCCCGGGAAGUUUCUCCCAGCGCAUGGCCACAGCUCCAGUUCGGCCUGGAGUUCCCGGGAGGGAGAGUGGCUCCUCCAGCAGCAGGGGGACGGCAGUGCCCUUUGGCGUCCAUCAUCCACACCGGCCUCGUCCCAUCUCUUCCCAGCACCCCCAGAUCGAGGGGUGACCCGGCUGGUCGGCGCACGGUGCAUCCAUAGUAAUGGGACUGGGGUGGGAGUCCCGGCAGGAGAAUUUGUGUCCAGGACCCGCAGGUGACAUUUCCUGCUUGUAGCCGUAAUGACGUCGUGGGGCCGAGAGGGUUGCAGGCAUCCCUGGCUGUAUGCGUGCUCCUGCGGACCUACCAAGGUCACGGACGGGCAUAUAUAGAUAGAAUUCUUUCCCCUUCUCCAGUUUGUGCCCAGUUUCCAGGCUGUGCCCGGCCUGCAGAGCCUGACAACUCUGCAGGAAGGGUCUGUCACGGAGGGAAAGAGCCUGUUGGGGCUGCGAGUGGCUGGGAUGUUGCCGUCCCUUGUCAAACCUGGCAGAGGAACGAGUGGACAGGACGUUGCUGUCCCUCGUCAAACCUGGCAGAGGAGUGUGUGGCCGUGCCGGCCAGGCAGGGCUGCCGGUGGCUCAGGAGCACAUGGUGGGUUCCCAGGCUUCGCUCCCCUGUUCCCGCAGCCAUAGGCUUCCUCCUGGCACCGCUGGCUCGGCCUCUGCUCAUCCUGCGAUAGACGGGCAUCACAGGAUCCUGGCUCCUGUGUCGAUACAGGGGUUUUUUUUUCCGGAGCUGGAGUGGGAUGCUUUGAAAAUGCUGCCAUGAACUUCUAAAACGGUACCUAGAGCUGAGCUGGAGGCUUCAUCAGCGACGAUGCUGCCAGCCCUGACCUUCCUGCGCCACGUCCUAACCCUGCUCACAGGCAGGACCUGCCGAUAUCUUCUCCUCCUGUGGCCGGUUGCAAAACGGUUUUUCACCAAAACAUAACGAAAGUGUGGAAGGGCGCAGCCUGUUGCCCAGUUGCAGCAUGUGUUACUCAAAAACGAGUGACAAGUUUGGACAUUACAAAAAAAUAUACAAUGGGCUGAUUUCUGCUCUCUGGCUCCGGGGCAAUUCCUCUGGGAUCCCUGGGGUUGUAUCGGUGGCCAGGGAGCAGAGUUUGGCUCUCGCUAAGUGGUUUAUGGGAUUUUUAAGUUUUUAUUUAGCUGAAAAAUAAGAAGAGGAAAAAAAUUCAAAGAAGUAUUUGGUGUGGGAAAACAAAAGACAUUCAAAACGUCCUAAGCUGGCCGGAAAGGAUCCCUUUGAGGGGACAGAUGUGUUAAGGGGAACAAGAAGCGUCCGGCUGCGGGAGCGGGGCUGAACCAGGCACCUGGAACACGGCGGUGGUUUCGGGAAGGGAGCACUGGGGGUGUUGCUGGGCACCACCCCAGCUCCCAUGGUUUGGUGUGCGCUGCCGCGGCGUGUUCAGGAGGCAGGAGAUGAGUACCUGGGCCAUCGAUGGGGUCUGCCCUGCGUGUCACCCUUUGUGAAUCGUCCUCGAGCUGCCCAGCGAGGAGGACACAGAGGUUUUGUGGCCUGUCACCCAUGUGGCCCUGCCUGCCUGCACCGGGGCGUCUUGCCAUGCGGGGUGCGAGCAUGCCGGUGGGCGCCGGUCGGUGUGGUGGGCCCCGGCACUGGCUCUCCCUCCCCUCUCCCGCUGGGAUGUGUGCGGAGCCCAAGGGGUGAAGCCACGGCACGGUUGCAUUUCGGCACUAGCCCAGGUUGGGUAGACGCGUCGGCUGCCUGGGCUUCACCUUGGUUUUCGCCCUCCUGUAAGGCAGGGAGAUCUCGUCGUCUUCAGCUUUCAGUUCUCUGGUCAUUCGUCAGUCUUUUUGGUUUUCCCUUUUUUCUUUGAGCAACUUGAGUGAGGAUCGCUCGGAGGAGCAGAGGUGCCAGGAGGCAGUACAAGAAGGAAGGGGAAAAUCACAUUUUUGUACCCAGAGGAUCAGAGACUGUAGCAGUGCCCAGGCGGGUGAGAGUGGAGCCAUGAUUUGGGAAGGGGCCACAGGGACCCCUCUCUCUGCCUGCUCCGGAGACCAGCCAUCCCUGGGAAGGAGCCACCAGCACUCAGGCUGCAGGUCCUGCCCAGGUUUCCCACCAAAAGAGCCCAAAUUAGCUGAAUAAAUGAUCGCUGCGUUCAGCACCAAGUGCCAGAGAACCUGUUGCCAAGGCUGGAAUUUCUCACUUGAUCCGAUUAACCUUUGUGUCUGUGCAAACAACCACAUAUGUGUCACCAGCCGAACGCAUGCCGGAAGCUUUUGCCACUUCUUCUUGGAGCAUCUGGGCUGCACACGAUGUGCAGUGCCUGAUCCCACGCAGAAAGUCCCCGGGGGCAUCUCAGAAAGGACUGUUGGACCCUCGUGUCUCACAUGUUGAUGGCAUGGCUGACGAUCACAGGAGAUGCUCUCCCGACCUCUGCCGUCCCUCUGGGCACAAGGACAGGCGGGAUGAGUCUGGAUGCAUCAACUCUGUUGAGUUAAGCGAUGCAAACAUGAUCUCCUGCGAGGAACUGGGGUUGACGAGUCAAAUCCGUGUUUUACAAAACCCGUGUGUGGGGGAGAGAAGUGUCGAGCAAAGGUGAAGAAGGAAGGCACCAACAGGCGCUUCCCUUAUCACGCUGCCGGUGCCUGGCUGAGCAUCAGCAUGGCAUCCCGACCAAGGUCUUAAGGCCGUGGUGGUUCAGGGAAUCACCUCCCAAGGGCCUAAUGCUCUCGUUACGGAAGCUUGGAGGACUCCUUUCCCCCCGGGCCAUCUCCUGACGCAGCCCCCGUCCUCAGACGUGUCUUUGCUUGUGCUGUCGGGAGGGGAGGAAGGUACUUGAAACCAUCCGGGAGCGGAGCCAGCCGCACCGUGGGCUUCGUCCUGGCACCUCCGAGGUGGAGGGGUGUCCUGCUGCCCGCUUCCGUCAGGAGCGAGAUUGGGCCUUCUGCGAUAAUUCCUGAUGUUCAUUAUUUAUAGAGAAGCCAAAUUGAAUUAUUAAUACGGAAAAUUCAGAUAACAUUAGCAAUUCUCAGUUUAUAACAGUUUCCCAUUAAUAAGGAAAAUUGGAAAUUUAUCACUACAUCUGUUCAUUAAAACUCACUAUUUUUUUCUUUCUUUUGGUGUCUUAAAUGAAAGCAGAGAAAUAAACGAAGAGGAAAAGCCAUUUAUUCGCUAGUUCUCUGGGCAAAGUCAGCCCAUAAUUUUUAAUAAAGUCUUUGCUGUUAUAUACGUGGAGGGGAAAGCAGCCUAUAAUGAAAGCAGCUUUUCAGCCAUGUCUGUGGCGUUGCUCGAUCGUAGAACAAAUACUCGGAAACACAUCCCGUUUCUUCGCUUUGUGGGGAACCUUUAAGCUGCAUGAUAGUUUUCUCAUUUCCCUCCCUCCCUCCCCAGCAGCUCUCCUUGCUUUCAGCAUGUGUUGCUCCCAGCUCCGAGGAGUGAAUUUUAACGCCUCCCCUGCUUCUUUCAGAGAUGGCGGAUUCCUAUGCCUGUAAAGGUGGAAGGAAAACUGCAGGCUCUAACAAACCCGCUGCCAGCAAAGAAAGCAGGACGGAGACGAGGAUAAACCCGCCGGCAGAGCUGCCCAAGCUUGGAAAUGCAACCAGUGACAAAACCGAAGGCAGGAAGAAAGGACGACCCAAGGCUGAGAACCAGGCGCUGAAAGACAUCCCUCUCCCCUUGAUGAACCAGUGGAAGGACGAAUUCAAAGCCCACUCCAGGGUGAAAUGUCCCAAUUCAGGCUGCUGGCUGGAGUUCCCCAGCAUCUAUGGCUUGAAGUACCACUAUCAGCGUUGCCAAGGGGGUGCAAUCUCCGAGAAGCUGACGUAUUCAUGCUCGUACUGCGAAGCUGCCUUCACCUCCAAAACCCAGCUAGAAAAGCAUCGGCUCUGGAAUCACUUGGACCGUCCAGUGCCAACCAGCAAAGCAGAAAACAAAGUGCCGAAGGCCAUUGGGAAGAGCAGUGGCAAGAAAAGAGCUGCUGAGAGUUCAGCUUGCCCCACCAUCCAUCCCAAACAGGCAAAGACGGAAAAAGCCGUGGCCCAGGACCAUGCCGAGAAUGGCGAGUGCCUGGCAGAGAGCCGGGAGAGCAAGGAGUUUCAGAUCGCAGCAGCCGAGGCAAUGGCAGCCGCCACCCCCACGGCAAAGUCCUCGAGCGGCAAGGAUGCCGUGCAGCAGGGGGGCAGCCAGGCCUCGCUGCAGGAGGAAGACCCCGAGAGGAUGAAGCACAGAAGGAAACAGAAAACUCCUAAGAAAUUUACGGGGGAGCAGCCAUCCAUCUCGGGGACGUUUGGACUGAAAGGUCUUGUCAAAGCGGAGGACAAGGCGAAAGCCCAUCGAGCUAAGAAGCUGGAGGGGAGCACCAACAUGGAGGACCUGAAAAAGAAAUCCCCAGGAGCUGGUGUGAAGAAGGAAGUGGCUGUGCAUCUACCGGCAGCAAACCCCGAGGACCAGUGGCAGCGAGAGAUCAGCGAGAAGGGAGAAGUCGCCUGUCCAACCUGCAGCGUUAUAACCAGGAAAACUAUUGUGGGGCUCAAAAAGCACAUGGAUGUCUGCCAGAAACUGCAGGAUGCCUUGAAGUGUCAGCACUGCAAAAAACAGUUCAAGUCCAAAGCUGGGCUGAAUUACCACACCAUGGCUGAACACGUCAGCAAGCCUGUUCCUGUGGAAACCGCUGGACUUGGUGAACAGGAAGAGCGGGAAAGGCUGAGGAAAGUGCUAAAGCAGAUGGGAAAACUGAAAUGCCCCAAUGAGGGCUGCGUGGCCAACUUCUCCAGCCUGAUGGGCUACCAGUACCACCAGAAGCGGUGUGGGAAGCAGCUCGCCGAGGCUGACAAGCCUGUCUUCAGCUGUCCACACUGCAGCAAGAAGUACAAAUCCAAGGCCGGUCACGACUACCAUGUGCGGUCAGAACACACGGCCUCGGUGAGCCCCCCGGACGCCUCCGCAGCCCGAGGAGCGGGGCCAUCCCCCCCCGGGGGUGACUGCAGAGCUGCAGAGCCGGCGGGCAGGACAGAGCCGGGCAGGGCCGGGCCGGGCAAGCCGCCGGAGGAGCCAGAGGUGAAACCAGAGCCUGGCCCCAUAGAAGAUUUCGAAAGGACCCCGAGCGGCCGCAUCCGUCGGACAUCGGCCCAAGUAGCCGUCUUCCACCUUCAGGAGAUAGCGGAGGAUGAGCUCGCCAGGGAUUGGACCAAGCGGAGGAUGAAGGAUGACCUGGUGCCUGAAACAAAGCGGCUCAAUUACACUCGACCGGGGCUUCCAAAGCUCAAUCCGAGGCUGCUGGAAAACUGGAAGAACGAAGUGAAGGAGAAGGGCCGCAUCAACUGUCCCAACAAUUGCUGUGAAGCCAUUUACUCCAGCGUCUCGGGGCUGAAAGCUCACCUGGCCAACUGCAACAAGGGGGACCACUCGGUGGGCAAGUACCGCUGCCUCCUGUGCCAGAAGGAGUUCAGCUCCGAAAGCGGGGUCAAGUACCACAUCAUCAAGGCUCACUCGGAGAACUGGUUCCGAACCUCCGCAGAGGCCAGCCGGAAAAAGAAAAGCAGGGAACAGCUUUCUUCUAGCAAAGAGGAGAAAAAGAAAAGCACAAGCGGGAAGAAAAGGGGGAGGAAACCCAAGGAGAGGCCUCCAGAACCGUCCCCGAAGGGCAGAGAGAGCGUGGCAGCAAAGACUAAUCACAAGAAAACGCUCGAGCACUGGGAAAGCUCCCGAGGCAGCCCCGACAGGGACGAGCGCGUCCCCAAGCCCCCGAGCCAGCGGAAGGGGGGAGCCAGCAAGAUGCCCGAGAAAUGAGCAGCUCAGAGACUCGUCUCCGAGGAUUCGUUUACAGCCCAGGGUAACAGGGUGGGGGUCUCUCCCAGUUUUCUGUGCCCCCCGUCCCACCUCCCCCCCCCCCCCACCCUCCACUCACCCCCUUUUUACAAAAAAGAAAAGAAAAAAAAAAGAAAAAAAAAAAGAGACAGAAAAUACCAAUUAACCACUUUAAACAAGUCACGGACCUUGUUUCACACUGGAAAACAAACAGGAUCAAGCAAGCUGGACCGUUCUGCACCCCCUGCCCAUGUACAUACCCCCCUGCCCAGGACCCUGCCGCCGUCCCCCCUGCCCUGCCCGGGACUUCCCUUCUUACUCCCUGCGCCAAACUGGUGACGCUUGAGCGAAAGAAAAGUGCAAUAGCAGCGGGGCCCCCUCGGACGGCGUCUCUCUGCGGCUGCCUGCUGGGGUGGGGGGACUGCCUGCCGCCGUGCUGCCUGCUCCCUGCCUGUCCGGCAGCCCCCGGCGGGCUCCAGCCUCCCGCUGCGGGCAGCGCCCGCAUCCCUGCACCCAGGGUGAUGUUUCCAAAGAUGUUUGACCCGUGCAAGCAGCCGGGGACAGUAGGGUCUGGCAGUGGACGCCGUGGGGGUCCUGGUCGCGCUUUCCCUGCAGCCUUGGGGCGAGAGGGAACGUCCUUCAGCAGGGACGGGCUCCGUGGUGCUUGUGGCCGGCGCGGUGCCGGGGUUUGUCUGGGCAGCGCAAGGUGGGCAGAGGAAGGAGCAGGGAGCGUGGCACGGAGCUGGCAGAGCAUCAUCCUGAGGUGGCAGGGGUGGCUGCAGCUGCCGGAGGGGGUGCAGGAGCUGUCAGCACCCCUGGAAGUCAAUGGGAGAGGAGAAGGAUGCUGUAGGACGGGUCAGGUUGGAAGGUUGAACCGAAAGUUGCGGGAAUGCUGUGAGCGCCGUGGAGCAUUGUGGUGAGAGCGUGGUGGGGGGGUGCAACGGGGGGAAGCUGCGCCCCGGUGCUCGAGGUGUCUGCAAAUGUAGCUGGACACGGAGCCCUACAGCGGCGAUGGCAGCCAGCCGGCACGAGGGGGUCCAGCUGGUGGAAAGGGCGAUUCAAGGGUCCCCAUCGCGUCCCAUCCCAACGGUGCUGAUUGCCCAGGAAGGAGGAGUGGGGUUUUCAGUCUCCCAGCUGCGCCUGCGGGAGGUGUGUAAUGGUGACAGGGGGGCAGCAUCAAGUGACAAUCAUGGAUCCUGCUUUCGGGCACAUUGCACUCGCCUCGUCCCUCCGGGCUGGGACCCGCCGCGGGGUGAGUCUCGGCUCCCCCCAGAUGCAUCCAAGCCCCCAGCCAUCUUCCUCGGGGACAGGAGUCCCUGCACGGCGGGCUGUCCCUCGCUUCUUCUCUUUCCCCGGGCUUUUCUUUGCGUCUGUACUAAUACCGUCGUAACACCUCGCUCCGGCCUGGGGGGAACCAUCCCCGGACCGGGAUGUGUCUGUCUCCAGACAAAAACCAGGCUACCUCGGUCCUUGGGAAACGGGCACGUUUUCUCUCGGUAACAGAACAGAAAACCUUAAUUUGAUUUUUUUUUCCCCCCUGUGCAGAGCCGGGCAGGUGGCGUCGGGAGGAGGAGAGCUUCUGCUUUUACUUUAAUCAAUUAAAACCUCAACCCUCGGUUUCCUUCACUGCUCUUCACCACCCGCUGGAGGCUCAGUAUCAUUUCCCUGCUCCAAGGAGCUGCUUAGUAAUAAUUAACGUCUUUCUCCACUGGCAGGUCAUUAGGGCCACGGAGGCAGGGAGGAGAUGGCGGUGUCUGAAGCCGGGGCGGCUUCUCGGAGGAGCCAGUGCUCCUGCUCCGUCCAUGGCUGCCGGCAGCUGGAUGCCACCAUCCCCAUCAGCCGGUGGCUCAGCCCGGGGCUGGGCACCUGCCCGCGGGCGAGGGAACCCGCCUGAGCGCUGCUGGUCGCGCCAGGCUUCGAAGCAAUUAGUGAGAAAGCUUAAUUAGCCUGUUUGCCACUUGCGUUUCAUCCAAUCUUUGUUUUGAUGGUGUCGCUGGUACAAAUCCUGCCUCCCUGGGGAAGGGAGGAGAACUUCGGGAACUGUAGGACCUGCGCUCUCGGAGCCGUCUCGGUGUUUGUCAUGACGGGGACGUGGGGACACCGUCCUGGGCCAUGGCGUUUUGCCGUGCUGGACCCGAGGGACGGCGCCGGCUGCUGCAGAGCCCCGUAGCGGCUCACCAAAGCAAUAACCACUGGAGGGGUGGUGGGGAGGGACCCUGCACCCGGGGAGGGUGCUCGGGCCAUGCUCGGCGGGUGUCGGCAGCGGCAGGGAGGGAAGAACGGGCAGAGCUGGGGACACGGUGCAGAGUUCGGCACCGAAAUCUCUGCCAAGGGGUGGAGGGAGCCGCUGGAUCCCGAAAUCCCGUCCCACCGCAGGGGAAUGCCCCCAGCAGAGCUCCGUGCCCUGGCCCGGGGAGCGGGCACCCGCGUCACCCCGGCCGCUGGUUUGGACCUUCACCUUCUGAUCCCCACCGCCUCCCGUUGGGGAUAGCACAGGGCUCAAGUCUCAUUAACAUGCAAUUAAUUGGCUUCUCAUUAAUGAAAUUAACAGGCAGCACUGUGCUCCCAUGCGACUGGGAGCUGCUCGAGGUGGGGGAGCCCUGGGGAAGGGCCAGCUUGGGGGGGUCGUUGUGGGGUCCAGCUGGAAACCCGUCCCCCUGCUUCAUUAACGGAGUGUCUCCAAACGAGCGGACUGGGAGCGAGGGGCUGGAGCGGGGACAGCCGCAGUGGCCUCGCGGGGGUGGCACCAUCCCAGAGGGGACCCCGGGGACGGUCUGGGGUCUCGGUGCAGGCGAUGGGCUCAGGGCGGUGGGGACAGCGAUCCCGGUGCUGGGGCUGUCCCCGUCACCCUCGGAGCUGGGAGACGCUCCUGUGACGGCAGCACCACGCUCAAAUGGAAAUUUUUAUGAGAAAGUGAAAUCUUCAGGGUUUUCAUUUUUUCCCCUUAAGAGGUGUUUUUCCCCCAGUAGUCAUCACUCAAGAGGAAUAUGUUCUCCCACCGUCGCCUUCUCCAUGAGACUUCCUUUACUCUCCAGCUUGUCCAGGGAAGGCUCUGGAGCGAUACCGGGAAUGUGGGCAGCUGCCAGCCCUGCGGCACACAACGGCGGUGCCAGCGCGGGUUGUCCCCGUUGGGUUGUCCCCGUUGGGUUGUGCCCAUCCAGGUGCUCCUGGCGAGGCAGCGGCCGACGGGAGAAACCCCUCUGAGCCCAGAGGGGCGGCCGAGAGGGGCUGCGGGGGGAGGUGGGGACGAGCGCGUCCUCUCCCCUUCCAUCCCAUCACGCGCGGGGGUUCGGGGACCCUCAGGUGUGACAGCGCGGGACCCCCCCGGGCCUGGCGCUGGCACCAGGGACUGAGCCAUAGGGUCGUCCCCUCCGGCAGCGGGGAGUAACCUACAGUUAAUGUAAAGCCCCACGAAGGGGGUGCUGGGGAGCAGCGUUACCCCCCCAGUCCCCACCUGCUGCCCGGGGGGUCACUCGUGGUAAGUCAUUGGGGGUGUGGGGGGGCUCAGAGCAUGGGGGCUGUGUGGCAGCUCUACAGCUGCAGCCCCGUGUGUCCCCGGGUGGCACCUGCCUCUGCAGCACCCUGGGGACCGUGACGCCAAGGUCCCACACCCCCCCACACCUCCACCGCUGCAGAGACCCACCGUCCCCCCCACACCCCCCCAAGGAAAGGGCUAAACCUCGGGACGGGGAGCACUGCGACCCCACGGGAAACCUCGCAGAGCCAUCCCCGAAAGCUUCGAUGGCAGAAACCCUCCCUGCCACCCCCAUGCUCUGGCGAGGGAGGGCUGUGGCACCGUCACCCCCCGGGACGCGGGGAGGCCGCGGUGGAGCUGCCCCGGCCCGCGGCAUCGCUCGCACCCAGGAACGUUGGGAGCGUUUUGUUCUUUUCUUUCUCUCCUGGUGACACCCAUCCCACGGCAUAUCCGAAUGUUUCUCGUCGAUGCCAGUUAUUAGUGCAUAAGUGUAUUUUGGGGAAAAAAAGAAAAUGGAAAAAAAAAAAAAAAUUUAAAAAAAAAAAAGAAUUUUCAAUUUAUCACUUGUAACCAUAUAUAUAAAUAUAUAAAUAUAUAUAUUAAAAAGUGUUUAUUUGCAAAAAAUAAAAUUGUUUUAACAGUAAACUAUCUUAUAAUAAACUCCCGAUUUGUGACGAUCUGUUCCUUUUGUUAAUCAUUGCAAAAUCCUCAGUUGGAGAGUACUGUAACAGCAGCUCUUAACAGCCGCGCCGCCGAGCACCGCGGAGGGUAACUCGAUGUACUGUAUGUAUUAAAAACAGCUGUAUCGAAUAAAUGUUUAUUGAUUUUUUAUUAUUA